AUGUCGAGCCGGAGGUCACGGUCUAGGCAGUCUGGUUCGUCGAGGAUCACUGAGGAGCAAAUCAGCGACCUUGUAUCAAAGCUGCAGGACCUCCUCCCCGAAGCUCGCCUUCAGAGCAAUGCUAGAGUGCCAUCUGCGAGGGUGUUGCAGGAGACAUGCAACUACAUCAGGAGCUUGCACCAGGAGGUGGACGACCUGAGCGAGAGGCUGUCGGAGCUGCUGGCUACGUCCGACAUGAGCAGCGCGCAGGCAGCUGUCAUCCGAAGCCUGCUCAUGUAG